AUGGAAGAAGAGCCCCACGGAGGCCUGAAAGAGAGUCCAGAGGACACAGGCAAGUUCUUUGUGAAAAGGACACACUCUGGGGAGAAGCCCUGUGUUUACAGCGACUGCAGGCGAGGCUUUACACAGAAGUCAGGUCUCAGCAGACACCAGAGGACAUACUCAGGGGAGAAGCCCUGUGUUUGCAGGGAGUGUGGGAGAGGCUUUACAUGCCAGACAAUUCUUGUUAGACACCAGACAAUACAUUCAGGGAGGAAGCCCUAUGUUUGCAGGGAGUGUGGGAGAGGCUUUACCUGGAAGUCAGGUCUCAUCACACACCAGAGGACACACUCUGGGGAGAAGCCCUAUGUUUGCAGCGUGUGCAAGCGAGGCUUUACAUGGAAGUCAGGUCUCAUCGCACACCAGAGGACACACUCUGGGGAGAAGCCCUAUCCCUAUGUUUGCAGGGAGUGUGGGAGAGGCUUUACCUGGAAGUCAGGUCUCAUCACACACCAGAGGACACACUCUGGGGAGAAGCCCUAUGUUUGCAGCGAGUGUAAGCGAGGGUUUACACAGAAGUCAGGUCUCAUCACACACCAGAGGACACACUCUGGGGAGAAGCCCUAUGUUUGCAGCGUGUGCAGGCGAGGCCUUACAUGGAAGUCAGGUCUCAUCGCACACCAGAGGACACACUCUGGGGAGAAGCCCUAAGUUUGCCGGGAGUGUAAGCGAAGCUUUACAUGGAAGUCAGGUCUCAUCACACACCAGAGGACACACUCUGGGGAGAAGCCCUAUGUUUGCAGCGUUUGCAGGCGAGGCUUUACCUGGAAGAUCAGUUCUCACCCGACACCAGAGGACACACUCUGGGGAGAAGCCCUAUGUUUUCAAGUGAAGUGA